AUGGCCUUCACCACCAAAAUCUCUUUCACCAUCAUCAUCCUUCACCUCCUUAUUCUCUAUCCUUUGAAUUCUACUGGUUUCACAAUUAAUCUCAUACCUCGUGACUCUCCUUCAUCUCCGUUCUAUAAUCCCUCAAAGACUCAUUUCAAUCGCUUGCACGAUGCUUUUGAACGCUCGUUUAAGCGUAUCCACCAUUUCAAGUCCAUACUUUCACCACCAGAAAGCAAAAUCGAGACACAGAUUUUGCCAGGUGGUGGAGAAUUUGUCAUGAACAUAUCCAUUGGAACGCCACCUUUUGAGGUUCUUGGAAUAGCAGACACGGGCAGUGACCUGACAUGGACACAGUGUUUGCCAUGCACCCAAUGUUUCAAACAAGACAUUCCUCUCUUUGAUCCUCACAAGUCCUCCACUUUCAAAAGACUAACAUGCCGAUCCAGAUCUUGUCAAGCCCUAGAUAGGCCCCCUCAAUGUGUUGGAGAACACAACACCUGUGUGUAUAGUUAUUCUUAUGGAGAUGGGUCCCACACUACCGGGGAUCUAUCCUCUGAAACAUUCACGCUUGGCAUCGACAAAAACAAAGUUUCACUUAAAAACAUGGUCUUCGGGUGUGGACAUGUUAAUGCUGGCACAUUUGAUGCGUCUCAGUCUGGUCUUAUAGGUCUAGGAGGUGGAACACUCUCGUUUGUUUCUCAGUUAGAUGAGUCUGUGGGCAAGAAAUUCUCGUACUGCUUAGUUCCUUCGACUUCGACGACCUCAACCACCGGAAACACUGUCUCCGGCAAAAUAAGCUUCGGGGACGACGCUGUGGUUUCUGGUUCAGGUACAGCAACGACCCCAAUGGUAACAAGAGAUCCAAGCACUUUCUACUACCUGACAUUGGAAGCCAUUAGUGUAGGAAACGAGAGAAUUCCAUAUAAGGGUUCGACAGCUCUGGUUCCUGAAAAUACCAUUAUUAUCGAUUCAGGGACAACCUUAACCUUUCUUCCUACUGAGUUUUAUGAUGAUAUAGAGAAGGCUGUGGUGAGAGCUGUGAACGAGACAGUGACGAAUGAUCCAAACAAUGUUUUCGGGCUUUGUUAUAAUGCACCUGCUGGGGAGAAUCAUCUUAGGUUUCCUGUUCUAACGGCGCAUUUUAGUGGAGGCGAUGUGAAGUUGCAGCCAUUGAAUACGUUUGUUCAGGUGGAUGAAGAUCUGAUAUGCUUUACGAUAGUUGGAACCCCAGAUGUUGCUAUAUAUGGAAACUUGGCUCAGAUUAAUUUCUUGGUAGGCUAUGACCUUGAGGCCCGGACGGUGUCGUUUUCUCCAACGGAUUGCACACAACAGUAA